AUGGCUACUCUUGUUGACAAAUUGACAGCUUCUGGCGGUAGCGAAUCCGCAGGAUUCCUCAACGACAUCAUCGAACAGCUAUGGCCCAACAUCAACGUCGCAGGCUGCCGGAUGGUCAAGGAGAUUGUCGAGCCCAUGUUUGCAUCCAUGCUGCCAGGCCCUCUGGCUACGCUCAAGUUUGUGAAGCUUGACCUGGGCAAAGUCCCCAUUCGAGUGUCUGCCGUGGACGUCCACAAGACGGAAAACGAGGGUAUCAAGCUCGACAUGAACGUGACGUGGGAGGGGCAGAGCGACAUUGAGCUAGACGGCAAGAUGGUCCCUAAGCUGGGGAUCGAACAUGUAACGCUCAAAGGAAGGCUGUCCAUAUUACUAUGCCCUCUGACGAAUAUCAUCCCGCUGAUCGGUGCUGCUCAAGUGGCUUUCAUUAAUCCGCCCGAGCUCAAGCUCAACUUCACCAACGCUGCCAAUGUUGCCGAUUGGGUUGUUGUGAACAAGAUGAUUCGCAAGGUCAUCCUGGACAUCAUUGGCUCCAUGGCGGUGCUGCCAAAUCGCUACCUGGUCAAGAUCUCCAACGACAACGACUAUUUCAAGACGUAUCUGCCUCACCUUGGUGUAGUACGUCUGACUGUGGAGAAGGCAAUCGGUAUCAGCGGCCCCAGGAAGAGUGGUGCCAAGAGGCUGUUGGCCAAGAUCAUCAAAGACGUCCCCGACUGCUAUUGCAAAGUUACCAUCGGCGCCGAGGAAGAGUGGCGGACCUCGACCAAGAAGAACGACAAAGACCCAGAGUGGAACGAGACGCACGAUUUCCUCGUCGCCGACUACGACCAGCGGAUAUUCAUCGAUGUCCAGGACGACGACCUCGGUGACGAUGACGACAUUGGUGUUGCUGCGACCACUGUCAAGGAGAUAUUACUCAAGGGUGGCUCACAGGAAUUGGCACUCGUCCACCACAGCGGCGAGCCCACAGACGCCAAGAUCAUUGUACACGCCCAAUUCUACGACUUUGUGGAAGACGCUGGUGCAAUCACUGCUACGCAGAGCGAAAGCCAAGAUCAGGUCGUCGGUCUCGCCACGGUCCUCGUCGCCAGCGCCCUGGGUCUACAGGGCCAACGCGAUGAGCUGAAUCCCAGCAUCAAGGUGACGUGGGGCGCCAAGGAGUUCCAAACCGCGGUCAAGUCCUAUAGCCCAGGCACGGACAUCUUCAACCCAUCGUUUGACCAGGCGUUCCGGAUCCCAGUGACUGCGGACUUGCUUGCCGAUCCCGCAAACUUCAAGAUUGCGCUGCUGAACAAGACAACUGAGACUGGCGUCGUAGAGAUUCCGUUCCAGGAUAUUCUCCAGUCGCCUGGCCUUGUGAAAGAGGAGAGCUUCGACGUUGGCUCCGGGGCAACGGGUGCGACACAAGAUGGUCGAUGGGGUGAAUCUUGUCGAGGUUCUCUCAAAUCAUGUGAUUCGGUCCUCGAGGUCGGCUACAUUGGUGCCGGGAGACUAGGCGACGUUUGA